AUGGCUGCAGAGAACUUCGUCACAACGUUGUGUGGCAUCGCCUUGUCAGGGGGUAGCAAGGACGUGCAGCGCGUAGCUGCUGGAAUCCUAAGUACAAUUGUUGUACGGCCUAGGUGUCGCGAUGUCGUUCUCACUGGUUCUUCGCUUCAGGCUGUCCUUGGAGUAGUACUGGAUUCGAAAAUGCCUGAAGUAUACUCGCAGGUAUUAUGGGCGAUAUCGUAUUUGCCGCUGUGCGACGAGUUUGUGCAGCUGCUUCUGGAAAACAAUGUGAUAGAGCGUAUGAAACAGAUGAUGACGGAAGAUCAUGUCGUCGUGCAAACGCAGGCCCGCGCUACUGUUGUCCAACUGAGUGCUAACCCUCAGCUGCGUAGUCGCUUUAUUGAGCUGGGAUUCCUACCCCUCCUUGUCUCCCGCAUCACCACUCGAGAUUUAUCAUGCUGCGAAGCCAGCAUUCACGCCAUGCAAACUCUCAGUGACACCCCGAUACUCUCUGCAAACCUCCUAGACCUCGGGGUAGAAGUUAAGCUUCAAGAAGUGCUCCAUAAAUGUCUUCAAAAUCAACAGAAACCCAUGCUGUCCUCUAAAUCGGCAGCGCCCGUGGGGCACCAAAAAUCCCAAGAUGGACGGCAAGUUUGUCCGGACGCAGACUGUGUGCCAGGAUCUGAAGGAGCUACAUGUGCAUCCGACAGAAAUUCAUCUUGUGGAAUAACUCGAGAUCUCGAAGCGGCGCGAAGUGCAGCCUUACAAUUGCUCUGUCAGCUCUCUCGUCAUGCCGUCCAAGACCAACUGUCUCUGCUUGACGAUGCAACAGUGACCAUGGUUAUCGACUGUUUGGCUAGCACCGAUAUUCGAACGAUCGAAGAAAAGAGAUCAGCAGCGACUCUGCUAAGGCUUUGGACAGGAGCAGAAAGAACAAGGAAACUGUUUCUUGCUCAUAAAGGAGUCGAAUUAAUCCUGCGCCUCAUUAUCUCCACUGAAGAUCCUAUUGUUAUGGAGCAGCUCGCCUGGUGUGUUGGCAAUAUUGCUCAGGGAGAGGGCAGUAUGGAAGUGGAAACUCAACUAGCCGAAUGUGGAGCAGUUGAUGCAGUCCUUUACUACAGCAACUCUAUGCACGAGUCUGUACGGUACCGCGCCGACUGGGCUCUAGGUACCCUACACGGAGACACCCUCAAGUAUAAUGCCCUUCUAGCCAUUAGGAGCAGCGAGGCCCUAGGACUUCCCGAACAUCACUGCCGCCACCGAGAAUCGCUUAGGCAAAAAUGGGGCUUUCGAAACGUCCCUGGCAUUGAUGAACUAGUGGAUCCGUCGAAAGAAAAAACAACGGGCCCUAGAGUCUCAAGGUCACCCACCAAUGACCUGAAUUGCUUGGCCAUCAACCAGCUCCACGGAGCACAUCACUCGGACGCAUCAUCUGCUGAAAAGUUGGAGGUGACUGAGGCACCGCCUGGCGAGAAGCAAGCACUCGAGCCCAACCGUACCAGCGGUCAGAUCGCACGACAGCAUGUGUAUGCAGAAGGCCCGCACGGGUGAGGCAGGCAGUGUCAGCUCUGUGCC